AUGGACAAUAACGACACGCCAUGCGCCCCCUGUGACGAUGAAAGACACUUACUGCAACAAAUUGCUCUCGAAGCUCUCACUGGUAUAAAACCUGAGGCCCCGAUCGAUCCCAGAUCAUCGGUCCAUGCACCUCAUUGUCGUCGAGCCUCAUCUCAAGAACACACAUCUGAUAUGUCUGAAAGUGUCUCUUCGAGCAAUAGAGAUGAUGAUGAAUCAAUGAGCUCAUCUGAUGAUACAGACAAUUUAUUUGAAAAAGAUAACCAAAAUUACGGCAUUGACACAGCUCGUGUCGGGAUUGGCUCCAACACCGUACUCGUAAUCCAUGUUCGACGCUUGAGAGAGAAGAUUCCUUUUUUCGCAAAGCGCUUCAAUUAUCGUCGAUUGAAUUUCUAUGAGAAAUUUGUUGAACUUGAUCCAGCUGGAUACAAGCUUUUAAAGCGCUGGUUAUAUGGAACUUCGAUUGCAGAGCAGAAAAGGGACAAAUGCCGCACUACCGAGCUCUUCUCUCUAUUUGCUAUCGCGCACACUUUCGAACAACAAAGUUUACAAGAUGAAGCAAUGGAUUGUCUCGCUGAGGAGAUUCAUGAAAGUCGUCACGAGUCAAGAUUCACGCCAGAGCAUGUCAGAUUUGCAUACGAACUGACCCCUGCAGUAUCAAGACUCCGAAUUUUUUGUGCCGAAUUUGUUGCUGAAGCCAUAAAAGAAUACAAUCAAUUCAAGUGGAAUCGCGAGCAAGUAUCCGAGCUUCUCAUCGAUAUUCCAGAGCUUCUUGAUGAUGUCGACCCUGAAGCUAUCUGGCGAUUUGAGGAAGCAUCAAUUGCUGCAAACAACACUAGCGAUGAUGACUACCAGAGUACCGAAGUUGAUGAUGACAUUCAGCCUGUUCACGAUGAAGUCGGAGGCGACCACACUCGUAGAAAUAGAUUGCUCUCGUCUAGCUCUGGUAGCGAUGAACACAAUCAUGAUAAGCAUACCAGAACGGAGCUUGAUAGCUCUGCAGACUCUAGCAUUGAUUCAUCCGGCAAAUCGCCAGACAGUAUGAGUGUUCAGGUCACCUCACCUGAGUCCGAAAGCGGGGAGGAGCGUCGCAAUAGCAAGAGGGUUAAGCUUUCCCAUGAUAGAGAUUAA